AUGGCGACUGGAACAGACGAUAUUGUGAAAUGUUGUUUGAUUUCUUGUGAUAAAGGUACCAUUAGAGAGACAGAUGGACAUGUGGAUGUCAGGGCGUAUGCUGUUCCAAAAGAAAAGAGAUCAGGUUUCCUUGUUAAUUGGAAUGAGGACGGAUUUGCAACGUUCCACGAAGAAUGUUGGUUUGCCUUAUUUAGGCUGUCUACAGACAAAGCAUCAGACAUUACAAAGGAGGAAAACAACAUGGUGAAGGAGGCUAAAAAGACAGCAGAAAUCCAUAACUCGUACGCAAAACUUAAACAGGAAGUGGAACACAUAGCAAAACUGAUAACAAAUGCUAAAUAUUGUAUAGCGUUUACAGGAGCUGGUAUUUCCACCGCAGCCGGUAUAGGAGAUUUCCGAGGAAUUCGUGGCAAAUGGACAGAAAGAGACAAAGUCAAACAACAUGGAACCAAAGGGAAAUCCAAGAAAUACACACGUGACUUUCAAAAGCUCCGCCCAACUUACACGCACGAGGCGAUAGUCAAACUAAUGGAAACUGGAAAAUUAAAGCACGUGAUCAGUCAAAAUGUUGAUGGGCUGCAUCGUUUGUCUGGAAUUGAAGAAGGUCAAAUAUCGGAACUUCAUGGCAAUACCUUUGUCGAAAAAUGUGAAAAAUGCAAUAAACGUUAUGUAAGAAAUUUCAGAUGUGGGGGAAAAGCUACUAAUGUGCCCGUUAAUAAGUGCAAGCAUUGUCGGAUUAAUCAUCGGACUGGUCGUGUCUGUGAUGAUAAGAAGUGUAACGGAUACUUGAUGAACACCAUAAUAAACUUCGGGGAUUAUCUGGAAGGAGAUGUAUUGCGCGGCGCUGAAGAACACGCUGAACGCUCUGAUCUUGUUUUGGCACUUGGAACAACACUUCAGGUUUCUCCAGCAAACGACUUGGUGGAAAUGGGUGAAGAACCAACACGUUUAGUCAUCUGCAACAGACAAGUGACUGAUUAUGAUGAUACUUGUUUGGAGCUGGAUGAUAAAGGAGUUCCAUUGGGAUCAAGGGUCUUCGGAGACUGUGAUAAGUUAAUGCGUGAAGUAAUGCGAUGUGUUCUUCCAAAAGAGGAACUGACAAAAUGGGAGCAAGAAAGAGAUGUUAGAAUGCUUACAUACGACACAAAACGAAAAUUGUAGAACUAACAGGAUAAAAAAAAUCAUUCCAAAUUAUUCUUUUACUUACAAGCAUUUAAAAAAAAAGUAACAAGCAGAUGUCGAAAUUUCAAAAAAUUUGCAUUCUUCUUAAUGUAGCUUAAUCAGUGCUACUAAUGCGCAUUAAAAUUUAUAUGUAUAUUCUUAUUUUAUACCUUCUGGGAAUUAUGAAGAAAAUUCAUACUGUUAUUAAACCUUCUCAUUCAUACA